GUUAUUGAUGGGUGUGUUUAUUAUGUUGCAAUGCCGCUUGUUAUUGCUGGGUGUGUUUAUUAUGCUGCAGUGCCGCUUCUUGUUGAAUGAGAUGGAUAUUGGAGCUUCAGGCGUUUUGUUGAUUAGUUUCUGCGACCAUUAAUACUGUUGAGCCUGCAUCGUUUCGCUGAUCGAGAAAAAUGCUUGGGUCUUAUGUGCAGGUAACAUGGAGAUAGAGAGAGAAACCGCCCAGCACUGUGAACAUCAUGGCAGCAGGUGCCCCAGACUGUCUGUAAACUCUAGUCUCUAGAUAGAGAAAAUUAGAGAAGAACAAGAGAGAGAAAGAGGAAAGUAUGAUUUUGGGUCCAACAUGGGACGGUUUUGGCGGGCUUGGAAUUGAAAGGGCGGAGUAUGAGGAAAACCAACAUUUUGAAGAAGCCCCGAGCUGUUCUCCCGGUGUCGAGAGAAUGAGGAUGAAUACAAGAACCAGGACCACUUUGCAGACCAUGAAAAAACCUUCAAACAAUGAAAAGGCCAAGGAUAGGAUGGAGACAGGGGAAAAGGGUACUUCAAAGCGAUGCUCCAGCAAGGAGAGAAAGUUAGCACUGCAGCAAGAUGUUGAUAAGCUGAGGAAGAAGCUGAGACACGAGGAGAACGUUCACCGUGCUCUUGAGAGGGCUUUCACCAGACCUCUUGGAGCUCUUCCUCGUCUCCCUCCCUAUCUCCCUCCUUAUACAUUGGAGCUGCUAGCUGAAGUGGCUGUCUUGGAAGAGGAGGUUGUUCGGCUCGAAGAACAGGUUGUGAAUUUCAGGCAAGGGCUAUAUCAGGAAGCUGUGUAUAUAUCCUCAUCAUCCAAGAAACAGAUGGAGAACCCCUCUUUUUCUGAAUCUUGUUCAUACAAACCAGAGGCCUCCUCCAUCUCCAGGCAAUCGUCUUUGGAUGCAUUCUCAGAUCGAAAUCCAAAGCCAAUGAAGCAGCAGUUGAAUAAACGAGGUCUAUCUGAAACAGGGUCCCCCAAUGCCCCAAAAAUUACCAGGAAGCACAACACAUUUGAAGAUGGCCAUGGAAAAGAGAAUCAGCUUAUCGCCAAUUCAUCGAAGACCAAACGAUCACCCCAAUUGAUUGCAUCAAGAACCAGGCCUAGUUCCUGGCACCCAAACAAUGAGCAGAGAUCGAGCAAGAGGUGCCUUGAUUUAUCCAAUAGUAAGGGGCCAGAAUGUGAUGUUGGUACUGAAGAAGUAGUAGAGAGCAUUGCUGGCUUCAAUGGAGUUUUGGUAAUUGAUCAAGAGAUCAUGGAUCCCAAUAGGAUAUCAGAGGAGAUUCUGAGAUGCCUGCUUAGCAUUUUUCUCAAGCUUACAAGGUCGGGCUCGGGAGCACAGUAUGACGAUAUGAGGUUCCCUAUUUCAAAGCCCCCCAUGGAAUGUUCUCAAGUUGAAGCUCGAGACCCCUAUGGUAUAUGUUCUGAAGCUGCAAAUAGGGAUAUUGGGCCUUACAAGCAUCUCAAUGAGGUCAUCACGAGCUCAAUUGAUAUGAGCCGGCUUCCAAACUCCUCGUUCAUGAUGCGGAGAUUGAAGGUGCUCCUUGGCAAGCUAGGUUCAGUGGAUUUGAGUGUCCUCAACCACCAGCAGAAGCUCGCAUUUUGGAUUAACAUCUACAAUUCAUGCAUGAUGCAUGCAUAUUUGGAGCAUGGUAUCCCAGAUAGUCCUCAAAUGGUUGUUGCCCUGAUGCGGAAGGCAACAAUGAAAGUGGGCGGUCAUUUGCUGAAUGCAUUAACUAUCGAGCAUUUCAUUUUAAGACUGCCUUACCAUUCAAAAUUUAUCCACCUGAAAGGUGCAAAGGCUGAUGACCUCACCAUGCGAAAUAUUUUUGGGCUAGAGUGGGCUGAUCCCAUGGUUACAUUUGCUCUUUCGUGCGGAAGCUGGUCCUCUCCAGCUGUUCGAGUAUACGCGGCAGCGAACGUAGAGGAGGAGUUAGAAGCAGCAAAGAGGGACUAUUUACAGGCGGCUGUCGGCAUAUGUUGGGAGAACAAGUUGGUGAUACCCAAGCUGUUGGAUUGGUAUCAGUUAGACUUUGCAAAAGAUGCUGAUUCUUUGUUAGAUUGGAUCUGCCUGCAAUUGCCGACUUCGGUAAGAAAAGAGGCUUUAAAGUGCCUUGAGAAAGGGAGGAAAGACUCUCUUUCUAAGCCCCUUCUGAUAAUGCCUUAUGACUUCAGUUUUCGCUACCUCUUCUCCCCAUGAAUCACUACUACCUUGCUUCACCUCUCCCUCUCUCUCUCGUUGAGUACGCCAGCUCUGGCUCAGGAUAAGGCAUCUUUGUAUGUACAAGGCAAUAACAAACAGUAAAUAUACAUAAAAUAUAAAUAGCUUUAUUCUUAAUAUGAGGAAUUGAAAUUUUUUUGGAGGGAUUAUCUCUUAAGGGAAAUCUUCACAUUUGUUUUGAUUUAUCUUUGGUUGUACGUGGUAGAAAUAUUGCAGCCACCAAAUGAAGAAAGAAGAAGAAAGUGGGUCAUUUUUCAAGUUUUAA